AACUGUUCACAGUUUCGGAAAGAAAUUUGCGCUUGUGAUUUUUGUUUUUCCAGAAAUGCAAAAACCGACGUGGACAGUAAUUCAGUUUAUGGUAGAUAAUACUGUAGAAGCGGUACCGUCAGGUUGGAUAGAACAUAACAAAUGUUACUGGCCUUCAUUUAAAUACGAACAAAUUAUCGCAGCAAUUCGAAAAAAUGUAGAACGAAAUACAUGUUGGCCAUCUUAUGACGUUAUUACGUUUCGUAAUAGCACAUAUGAUGAUUACAACAUGGCAAGAUUGAAAACAAAAAAGGCAGAAUGUACAUCCGAUUUAAAUUCAGAGGUUGAAAAGAAUGCAAAAAGAAAAAGAUUAAAAAAUCGAUUAUAUGAGAGUAGUGAUGAUACCGAUGAUAGCGAUAAGGAAAGCAGUGUCCGGACAAAACAAAAAGAAAUAAAAGAAGGCAAAAUAGUGAACAAAAAAGUUGCACUUAUACAAUCUUCUAGUGAAGAAUCUGAUGAGUUUGAGAGCACCCUUUCAAAACCUCCGCAAAUAACAGAAACAAUAAAUAUUAAGAAGAAUUUAAACUCAAACACGAAAGGAUCCGAACAAACACCAAGUACAUCAACGCAUAACUUGCAAAAUAACACUAAUGACAUAUGCAAAGACGCUUUUUUUAGUAAUGCCCCUCAUUUAUUCACUGAUAAUAAUGAUAAUGCAAAAUAUUUUAAAGAAAUUAUUCGCCAGCAAAGUUACUUCAAAACUCAGUUGUGGCAGAUGGCAGAUGAUUUGAGAAAAAUAAAAGAUGCUAUAAUAACCGGAAAUUUGAUGCGACAAAAUCAAGAUAACCAGCGGCAAAAUGAAAAAUCAAUUUAUCAUUCUUUUGAUCUACCAUUGAAAACUGUGGAAGAUAUUGAAGAGGCUGUGGAGCAAUUUUUAAAAAUAAAAGAGAACUUUAAACGUUCGACUACAGAUACAUGUUCAAUAGGAGGCACAUCUCCGUACAAUUUUAUAAAACGAAAUUUAUGCCGACUGAUUAGUAAUGAACUUGCACAAAAAUACAGUUGGUUGGGCGCUAAACUUAAAAGAAAAUUUUGUAACCUUCAAAUUACAAAAAUGUUAUUAGCUGCCGGUAUUGAAUAUUCUAAUUCGACGUACACUGAAAUAGAACUAGAGAAAUCAAUACAAAAAUGGUUAAAAAGGGCUAAAGAACGAUAUGAUGCUGAAAGGAAAAAGCUUGAAGCGCAUGAAAAUGAUCAAUAG